UUCUCCCCCCCCUUUCCGCUCCUCCUCACGCCUCGGAAGCAAGCGGCGACCGGAGGAGAAACAGGCAGGUCCAGGCAGGAGGGCCCCGGGCUGGGAGGGGCCGAGGCGAGCCGGCCCCCUAGUAGGAAAUGAGACAGAUCCAAGUGACACUUUAAAAGCCUGACUCCUCUUCCUCCACACGUUCCCUGGUCUCUUUCCAUCCUCCUCUCUGCCCCGGCCGGCCCCUCCCGCACAGCCUCCCUUCUCUUUCCUAAUCAGCAGCCCGCUGAGCCCGAGCCCAGGUGGAACCCAGAACUUCAGCUCCAGGAUGUUGACAAAGUUUCUGUCGCUGCUGCUGCUGCCUGGCUGUGCCUUUUGUAACUCCGAUGGCACCCAGAGCCUGCACAUGCUCCAGAUCUCCUAUUUCCAAGACCCCUAUCACGUGAGGCAUCAGGGCAACGCGUCUCUGGGAAAACUCCUGACCCACACGCUGGAAGGCCGGAGCCAAAACGUCACCAUUCUCCAGCUGCAGCCCUGGCAGGACCCCGAGAGCUGGAAUCGCACAGAAGAUGGCCUGCAGCUCUACCUGGCCCAGUUCGAAAGCCUGGUGCAGCUGGUGUACCGCGAACGCAAGGACAACGUGUUCUUUCCUCUCACUGUUAGCUGCUCCUUGGGCUGCGAGCUUCCGGAGGAGGAGGAGGAGGGCUCUGAACCCCAUGUCUUCUUCGAUGUGGCCGUGAAUGGAAGCGCCUUUGUAAGUUUCCAGCCAAAGACUGCCAUCUGGGUGUCAGGCUCCCGGGAGCCCUCGAAAGCCGCCAACUUCACCCUGAAACAGCUCAAUGCCUACAACCGGACUCGGUAUGAACUGCAGGAAUUUCUGCAGGACACCUGUGUGCAAUACCUGGAGAACCAUAUCACCACGCAAAACAUGAAAGGGAGCCGAACAGGGCGCUCUUACACUUCCCUGGUCCUGGGCAUCCUGAUGGGCUGUUUCAUACUCGUUGGUGUGGCUGUGGGCAUCUUCCUGUGCACAGGCAGACGGCGUUGCUAAUCAUUCUCCAGGCCCCUCGGAGAAAGGGCUGGACUGGUGGGGGCUGGUAAGAGAAGGUCGAAGCUCAGAUGAUGCCAAACAGACUCCCCCAGAGGGCCACCAUAUCUCAGGAGGUACAGAGCAACAACUCGAGCAUCUGCCUAAGACGUGUGUGAGGAAAGGGUGCAGGAAGGGGUGCAGGGAGGGGGUGUAGACAAAGUAACCGGUUUGCAAAGGACUUGAGCGCAUGCGUGCUUUGUGUAGCUGGUCUGAGAAGUGGGUGCUUCUCUGUGGAAAUGAGAUGAUGGACUUGGGGGGAGGCUGGUCUGUGUCUACCCUGAACAGGCAGACUUACUGUAGGCAUUCAAAACAUCUUACUAAAAAUAAAAGGAGUUGUCUGUAACUAAAAUAAAGCAUAUUUAAUGUGUCCAGGUGUGUCCAACUUGGGAAGGGACACUGGUAUGAUAGGGAAGAAAGAACCACAGAAAUGUCACAGCUGUAAGGCUAAACAAUAUGGGAGCAGUGAAUUAAUUAAAUAUUAAAUUUCUUAUUUAUGUAAAAGGUAUACUUAUGUCCUCUAUUUUAUUAAAACUUCUGAAAAAAGUA